CAUAUGUAUUUUACAAACAUCUCAGUCUGGGUUUAAGUGCAUUUUUUGAAAAAAAAAAAAAGAGAAAAAAAAAGAAAGAAAAACCCUAGAGCGCAUCAGUGGCACCGGCCCCAAUCCCCAGCCGUCGAGUUGUGGAGGCCGUUAGCCAGUCAGCCAGCCCUCCUUCCGAGCCCAUUUCAAGCCACCUUUAACUGAGCUCUCAAAAUGGGGUUACCUGCGAAGCGAUUGAGAAAAGCACAUGACAGUGACAAUGAGUUUGAUUAUUAUGAUGAUGAGCUCAAUUCAGAACAUGAAGAAGAAAAAGAAGAUGAUGAUGAUGACGACGAUGACAGUGUUGAGGUUGAGAGCGAAGCUGAGGAUGAUAGCGAUGGUCGGGGCAAUGCUGAUGUUGAUGAUGAUGAUGAAGAGGAGGAAGAUCAGUCGGAAGACGAGGAGGAGGAAGAAGAAGAAGAAGAAGAAAAUAGUAAUGGACGGAAUACAUUGAACGAUGAUGCUGAGAUGCAUGAACUUGAGAAAGAAUAUAUGAAUCUUUGUAACCAGGAGCGGGAUAUCUUACAGAAUUUGAAGCAUCACAAGGGCGAAGAUAUUCUUAAAGGGCAAGCAGUGAAAAAUCAGAAGGCUUUAUGGGACAAAACUCUUGAGUUAAGAUUCUUGCUUCAAAAAUUAUUCUCCAGUUCAAACAGAUUACCACAGGAGCCUAUGAGGUCUUCAUUUUGUGAUUCCGACGAGACUGUACAUGUAGCGUAUUCUGACCUAAUUACAUCGUCACAGAAAACUUUAGAUUCUCUGUUGGGACUACAAGAGGCUUUACUUGAAAAGAAUCCUUCUAUUCUGCAAGCCACAUAUGGUAAGCCUGGACAAUCCUCCAAGCAUUCAAAAUCUUCAAAAAGUUCUGAUGUGAAGAAUGACGAAGAUUGGUCUCGAAUAUCUCAAUUGCAUGGAAGAAUAACACCUUUCCGGAAUAAGUCUGUAGACAAGUGGCAAAAGAAGACUCAGGUGAUGACCGGAGCUGCUGCUAUUAAAGGCAAACUUCAUGCAUUUAAUCAGAAUAUUAGUGAACAAGUUGCUGCUUAUAUGAGAGAUCCAAGUAGAAUGAUCAAGCAAAUGCAGCUAAGAAGAUCAACAGUUUGUGUAUUCGGGACAGUUCCUAAUGGAGAAGCUAAUCCAGAGCGAGAGGAAGCGCUUUCUGAUGGUGGUGCACAAGCUGAUGGUGACCCUGAGCUUUUAGAUGAUUCUGAGUUUUACCAGCAACUACUUAAGGAGUUUUUUGAGUCAAUUGACCCAACAUCUAAUGAGACGGCCUUAUAUGCUGUGAGAAGGUUUCAAACGAAGAAAAGGAAGAUUGUGGAUAGACGUGCCUCAAAGGGUCGCAAGAUAAGGUAUCAUGUUCAUGAAAAGAUUGUGAACUUCAAGACUCCUUUGCCAGCAUGUAUUCCUCCAAUGGCUCCUAAAUUAUUCGAGAACUUGUUUGGAUUCAAGACCCAGAAGCCAGCUUCUGCAGAAUAGUGGUGCUGGCUAGUUUUGUCAGGCUCUGAAAUAUUUUGUAAUAUUAACUGUACUUGCAUGUAAUAAUUGCUAGCUUUUAUAGUUAACCCUUUUUAUUAUUACAAAUUUUUAUAA